AUGCCAGCCGCUGCAGUGAAGCCCAGUCCAGAGGACAUGGUGGCGGAGGGAGGGGGUGAAGGAGUGUCCCAGUGGGAUGCCUCGACGCUGGACCGGGAGAGGCUGCCUCUCCCCUCUCUCAAGGUCCCCAGGGAGCUGCUGCGGAGCUUCCCACACUCCAAACGGGUGGGAUCCUACCUGGUGGGGAAGAUGAUCAAUAAGGGCUCAUUUGCCAAAGUGAUGGAGGGGCUGCACAUCGGCACGGGGGAAAAGGUGGCUAUUAAGGUGAUUGACAAGAAAAAAGCGCGUCAGGACUCGUACGUACUGAAGAACAUGAAGAGAGAGCCUCGUAUUCAUCAGAUGGUCCGACAUCCUCACAUCGUGGUCCUGUUGGAGACUCUGGAGACAGAGAACAGCUACUACAUGGCCAUGGAGCUCUGUGCUGGGGGAGACCUGAUGGACAGGAUCUGUGAGAGGAAGAGGCUGGAGGAGAGGGAGGUGCGGCGCUACACCCGACAGAUCCUGUCUGCAGUGGAGCACCUGCACAAACACGGCAUCGUACACAGAGAUUUGAAGAUUGAAAACUUCCUGCUGGACGAACAUAACAACAUAAAGAUCGUAGACUUUGGCCUGAGUAACACUCUGAAGACAGAGUCGUUGUCCCUGGAGCUUCUCAACACCCAGUGUGGAAGUCCUGCCUACGCCGCCCCUGAGCUGCUCGCUCACAGGAAGUAUGGACCCAAAGUGGACGUCUGGUCCGUAGGUGUGAGCAUGUUCGCCAUGCUGACAGGGACUCUGCCCUUUACUGUUGAACCAUUCAACAUCAAACAGCUGCACCAGAAGAUGGUCAACGGAGAGAUCAGCAGCAUCCCCAGUGACGUCAGCAAAGGUGCGGUGUCGUUUGUGUUGUCUCUCCUGGAGCCAGACCCAGCCAAGAGACCCAGUGUCAGAGCCGCGAUGGAGGAAAGAUGGAUCAACGAGGGAUAUGCCAAGAAACCACUACACACGCUCUCUCAUAAAAACAGACUGUGUCCGGAGGAUCUGAACUCGUCUGUGUUGGCCUAUAUGACAGAGACACUGGGCUACGCCCUCUCUGAAAUCAUUCACACGCUCACCACCAACCGACCCUCCGCCAUCAUGGCCUCCUAUCACCUGCUGCUCAACAAACUCAACAGGAGCCAGAAAGGAGCCAAGGCCAGCAAGGUUCGCACCUCAUUUUCACACACACGCAGGCCUGCACAUGCUGAAAUAAACGCAGCUUUUCUGAUGCCUGUAAUACACAAGUGGGUCAGUUGA